AUGCCUAAAAUAACAACGCAAAAAAGGAAAAUAGAAACACUGCUCACUGAGAAGUAUUGUAGAAGACUGGUUACGUGUUGUUUCGAUGAAGUAUUCCUCGAAAAACCCGUGGGAUUUCUUAAUGCUGUUUCACUCCGAAUCUCUUGUGGGAAUCCACAAAACGGUAAAGAUACUAUGGUUAGAAUGCCAGAAUGGGUUACUAAUCCUCCACCUCUCAUCAGGCCCGUUUCCGCUGGUUCACAGGGCUUGGGUGGUCCUGUUCCAUUACCAUUUUCCAUAUCUUGGCAACGAUAUACGCCUAUGGAAGGAAUAAAUGGAAACGUUCAGUUUUUAUCAGUUAUAGAACCUGAAGUCUUGGUGGUUGUUUUGCAAGAGCGGCUUAAUUCGUUUCUGAAAAAUCAAAGUUAUUUCGAAGCAUUUAUAUCGUCUCUCCGAUCACUUCAACCCGAGAGACGCGUUUCUUUAAUAAUUCAUGCUCCAAAGCGACCACCUUCGAAAGAGGACGAUCUUGUAAAGAUGAUUGUUCGUCUUCAAUUUGAGGCUCGUUUGAUCGGAGUUCAACAAGCUUCUACGGUUCAGAAUCUCGCUGUCCUCAUCGGAAACUAUACCAAAGCCAUUUGUCAACGUCCUUUCAAGCAAAACCGGCUAGAUGACCGUCACGGAUUCUCAUUUCUCCCCACAGCUGCCAACACAGUGGCAGGUGCUGUUGCCGCUCCACGUUUCCCCUUGACAGCAAUGACGUCUCUAAAUAAAGGAGCCACUCAAGUGGGGUUUGGUGUCAAUCAGAAAGAAGCUCUAAGAUCGUGGGCUCAUCGAACGUGGCUGCGUCAGCUGGCAACUUGGAGAGGCAUGACUGGAGAGGUGGUGAAUGCUGUUGCAGAAGCUUAUCCGACACCAAGAGCACUGUUUAAUGCUUUGAGGCAUCUCUCAAGUGAAGAAGCAAUAAAACGUCUUAGUGAUUUGCGAAUACGUCGAGGAGCUGGCGUCCUAGCCACCGAAACCCGCCUUGGAAACGCUAUCGCCUCUCGUAUUGUGAACUUUUUUACUUCUUUCGAUCCGAACCUCCUGAUUGGAGGUGAUUUAUAA